UCUCUUUCCGAAUCUCACUUCUUCGCCAUAAACACUACAUUCACUGCUGCUGCUGAUCUCUCUCUCUCCCCUUUUCCUUUCCCGAAAAACACCGUUGCUUAGUCAAUGCGGUUUACCUAAUCUGCCUCUCUUCACAAGGAUGAUUUCUCCCUUGUGAUUCACAGACUUGUUGGACUUGGUUUUUUAUUUUUGGUGAAACAUCUGUAAAGAAAAAAAGUAAGGAGCUUCGCCAUUCAUGAAACCAACGGAGGAUGAAGAGUAAAUACAUCCCAAAACGUUAUGUGAUUGUUAUUUUGACCUUCAUCUGCACUUCUGUGUGCUACAUAGAGCGAGUCGGCUUCUCUAUUGCAUAUACUGCGGCUGCUGAUGCUGCAGGAAUAGAUCAAUCGAGCAAGGGCGUGAUACUGUCAACGUUUUACUAUGGCUAUGCCUGCUCACAAAUUCCGGGUGGUUGGGUGGCUCAAAAAGUUGGGGGAAGGCGUGUUCUUCUAUUUUCAUUUCUUUUGUGGUCCCUGACUUGUGCUUUUGUACCACUGGAUCCAAAUCAAGUUGUUAUGUUGGUUGUAGCCCGGUUGCUUGUUGGGGUGGCCCAGGGCUUCAUCUUUCCUUCCAUUCACACUGUACUAGCACAAUGGGUGCCCCCACAUGAAAGGUCCAGAUCUGUAUCUCUCACAACGUCAGGAAUGUAUUUUGGCGCAGCUGCAGGAAUGCUUAUCCUCCCUACCCUUGUAAGAUUGAAAGGCCCGCAAUCUGUAUUUCUUGUUGAAGCGGCUUUAGGCAUCAUGUGGUCUCUACUUUGGUUGAAGUAUGCCAGCGAUCCACCUCGCUCUGAACAUCCAAAGGCUACAGCUGCUGGUUUUGGUGAGUCCUUGCUUCCGGUCAAAGGAAGUCAAAAGGCGAAAACCGAAAAUGGAGUACAUUCCAUGAGAACACAAAAAAUUCCAUGGAAGAGGAUAAUUUUCAGCUUGCCAGUCUGGGCAAUAGUUGCAAAUAAUUUUACUUUUCACUAUGCUCUUUAUGUACUCAUGAAUUGGCUUCCUACAUACUUUGAGUUAGGCCUCAACAGUAGUCUUCAAGAAAUGGGUUCCUCCAAGAUGAUUCCUUAUCUGAACAUGUUUCUGUUCUCAAAUAUUGGUGGGAUUGUGGCGGAUCACUUGAUUACCAGGAGAAUUAUGUCUGUGACUAAAACAAGAAAGCUUUUAAACACAGUGGGAUUCAUUGUGGCUUCGGGUGCGUUGAUUUGUCUUCCCUUGUUUAGAACGCCUAAUGGGGUUGUGCUCUGUUCGUCGCUGGCUCUUGGUUUCUUGGCUCUUGGAAGAGCUGGAUUUGCUGUUAACCAUAUGGAUGUGGCUCCAAGAUACGCAGGAAUUGUCAUGGGGGUGUGUAAUACAGCCGGUACGUUAGCCGGCAUAGUUGGGGUCGAUCUUACAGGUAGACUUCUGGAAGGUGCCAAGGCUGCGCAGUUGGACCUGACAAGUCCAGAGAGCUGGAGAGCAGUUUUCCUUAUUCCAGGGUUGCUCUGUAUCUUCAGCUCAAUAAUGUUCCUUGUAUUAUCAACAGGGGAGAGAAUUUUCGAUUAAGGUGUGUAUUUUAGAAUGAGCAGUCAUUGAAAAAGGUCUAGUUUUUAGUGGAAAUCAUUUGCUUGGCUGGCUGCUAGUUAUUUAGAAGUUGGCUGGCACUGGAAGAGUAAUCUACUUCAUAGCAUAUCAUAACUUGUAAAAUUGAAUAUACAUAUCAUGGAUUCAAGUUGCCCCCUCCAUUGGCAUAUCUUAUUUAUUUUUACUUGUA